AUGCAUGCCCACAAGACCCUCCGACAAUCUAACAUUCGUUCGAGCUUUACUCGUUCUCAGCGACGACGUGUGCGGGGGGGCUCGCCUCAUCGUCAUUUUGCGACAUCCGCUGUCGCUUCGACGAUUGAAAGGUCUAACACAAUCGGCUUCAUCGGCCUCGGCGCCAUGGGCGGUCAUAUGAUUAGUAACCUUAUUUCAAGGUAUCAGAGCCCCUCGAGCGGAAACAAGGUCGGUUUCGCGUUGUGUGAUGUGAACCAGGCCGCAGUGGACACUAUCAUUAAACGCCAAAAUGCUGAGCACCCCGACGUGCCUCUGAUUAGUUGCUCAACGCCUUAUGAUGUAGCUCAGAAGGCCUCGACCAUUAUCACCAUGGUACCCACCGGAAAGCAUGUGCAGGAAGUAUACGUCGGCGAAGGCAAGAGUGUUCUGAAUGCUCUCAGAGAAAUGAGUCAGGAUCAACGAGCAGAUACUCUUUGUAUGGAUCAGUCAACCAUCGAACAAAGUGUGAGCAAAGCGGUUGCCCUGCAACUACGACAGGUUGGCGCAGAUCUGGUGGAUGCCCCAGUCUCAGGAGGUGUCGUUGGUGCAGAAAAGGGCUCGUUGGCCAUCAUGGUGGGAGGAUCCAAGGUCUCGUAUAAUCGCUCGGUUCCUGUCCUUGAAGCCAUGUCUCGUAAGGUCACAUAUUGUGGUGACCUCGGUGCUGGGCUUGCCGCCAAGAUCUCUAAUAAUCUUUUGCUUGGUAUCACGAUGCUUGGCCUGAGUGAGGCGAUGCUCCUAGGAAAAAGACUCGGAGUCGACCCUCAAGUCCUUGCUGAUAUCAUCAACAAUUCCACAGGACGAUGCUGGUCUAGUGAGGUCAAUAACCCCGUUCCUGAGGUCAAGGUCGGAGAUGCCAGCCCUCCAGCUCACCGACAGUACGAGGGGGGGUUCGUAACCAAGCUGGCUCACAAGGAUCUGGCCCUCGCUGUAUCGGCCGCUGCAGAAGCCAAUGUCCCUCUCACGGUGGGAAGAUGCGUUGAGGAGUCGUACAGGCCGUUGGCCAAGUCUAAGGAGUUUGGAGACCGAGACUUCAGCGUCAUAUACGAGGCUCUUGAUUCCUUGGGCUCAACCAAGGUGUAA